AUUUGCAAUUCUUAAAAGCGGCAAAAAAGAAAGAAAUACUUCAAUCAAAUAUGGCGAGGACGAUUCAAUACAAACUCGGAUUAACUCGGUUAAUAACUCAGUCGAAUAUUUUGGGAUUCAAUUUAGGGUUUAAUUCAUGUACUGGAAGUAAAAGAUGGUUGGAAACCCUAGCUUUUGAAGAAAUUGGAGCUUCCAAUUCAGUCGAUAGAGCUUAUGAUUCAACUGUUUUUGUUGUUCAUGGCCUUUUGGGUUCCGCUAGAAAUUGGCGCUCUUUUGCUCGCAAUCUUGUAUCUUAUCUCUCCUCUAAUUCAUCUUCUGAAUGGAGGAUGGUGCUUGUUGAUUUGAGGAACCAUGGAAAUUCAGCUGGGGUACAAAGUCUUGAACCACCUCAUGAUCUCGAUAAUGCUGCUGCUGAUUUGGCUAAUUUGGUGAAAUCUCAAGGUUGGGAUUGGCCUGAUGUUGUUAUGGGACAUUCUUUAGGUGGGAAGGUUGCUUUGCAGUUUGCUCAAAGUGGUGCUCGUGGAGAUUAUGGGGAUUCUAUUGAGUUACCGAAGCAGUUAUGGGUGCUGGACUCAGUGCCUGGAGUUGUAAGUCCUGAAGAUAGUAGUGGAGAAGUGGAGCAAGUUUUGGAGACCUUGCAAACUCUUCCAUCACCUAUUCCUUCUCGAAAAUGGCUCGUGGAACACAUGAUGAACCUGGGGUUUUCAAAGUCAUUAUCCGAAUGGCUUGGCACCAACCUAAAGAAGUCUAAUGACCAUGAGACAUGGACCUUCAACCUUGAAGGUGCAUUUCAGAUGUUCAAUUCUUACAGGGAGAAAGAUUAUUGGUCUCUCCUAGAGCACCCUCCGAAAGGAAUGGAAAUCAACAUUGUGCAAGCUGAGAAGAGUGAUCGGUGGCAACCACAUGUCGUACAGAGGCUAAGAGCUCUCUCUAACAAGGAAAGAGAUAAAUCUGAGGGGACAUUUUCUCUUCAUGUCCUCCCUAAAGCUGGACAUUGGGUUCAUGUUGAUAAUCCAAAGGGACUCUUAGACAUUGUUGCUCCCAGGAUUGCUUCCAUGGAGUGAGGAAGUCGGGAAGAUUUCUGGAUAUAAAAAUAGUCCUUUGCGUCUUCAUCAGAAAUGGAUCACCAGGAAUUCAGAUAUGAUCAAUUUCACCAACAAUUGAACAAUGUAAUUCUAUUCUAAGGCUUCAUUUAUUAAAGAAGCUUAUUGUACAUUUGUUUUUCGAUUCAAAUCCAAUUCACUCCGAGUUCUACUGCUCAGUAUUCUGCAAACUUGACUGGAUAAGAGACCGUGUAUAAAAGCACAUAAUAGUAUUUGAUCUUUUCAUAAAUGAAUACGGUUCUGUGAAGGGAACAA